AUCGUCACUGAUGAUUAUUGCUCUGCCAACUCCCAUCCAUCAGCAGCUGAUUUGACUAGCACCAGUACUUGCUGUCCUAUAAAAACCUGCUCCUCCUCCGGUGCACGUCCGUACCGACAGAUCACUAGCAGGCACACACACACACGGAUUUGGAGCAGCUCAGAUCUUUAGCGGCCAUGGUCAAGAAAGGAAUCCAGUAUGUCGUGGUGGAUGCCUUCACGGCCCAGCCGUUCAAGGGCAACCCGGCCGCGGUGUGCUUCCUGGAGGACGACGCGGCCGCUCCCGCGGGGGACGGGCGGUGGAUGCAGUCCGUCGCCGUGGAGUUCAACCUCUCCCAAACGGCCUUCUUCUCCCGUGAUUCGUCCUGCGCGGCCGACGCCGCCACGCCGCGGUUCCACCUCCGCUGGUUCACCCCCGUCACCGAGGUCGCGCUCUGCGGCCACGCGACGCUGGCCACCGCCCACUUCCUCUUCACGUCUGUCCUCGCGGAGCGCCAUGGCGUGGUUGAGUUCGCGACCAAGUCCGGGGUCCUGACCGCCAAGAAGGUUCCUGCACCGGAGGCGGAGGAGCAGGGGAAGCUGUUCAUUGAGCUGGACUUCCCCAUGAGUGAUUAUGUGGGUUGCGAGCCCGCCGACGAGCUGCCGUCCAUCCCGGAGACGCUCAACGGCGCGCCCGUCGUCAGUGUUCACAAAUCAGUGACCACCAACGACCUCAUUGUUGAACUUUCAUCAGGAAAAGAGGUCGCCGAUGUCCUUCCUAACAUCGAAGAAAUUAGAAAGUGUGCCGGCAGAGGUGUGAUUGUUACAGCACCGGCGCCUGCUGGAUCGGGUUAUGACUUCUUCACACGCUUCUUCUGCCCAAAAUUUGGGAUUGAUGAGGAUCCUGUAUGUGGCAGUGCACACUGUGUUUUGGCACCCUACUGGGGUGGAAAGCUGGGGAAGCAAAAACUGAUAGCGUUUCAGGUAUCUCCAAGGAGCGGGACACUAUACCUGGAGCUGGAUGUUGCGAAUCGGCGAGUGCGGAUUCAGGGAGAAGCCGUCACUGUCAUGGCUGGGACACUCUUCGCCUAGCUAGCAUAUUGACAGUUCAUGGACUUGCACUAUGAACUUGGGAGAAAUAAAUAUAUUUGCUGCUAUGUACUGGUCUAACAAUCGAUGGACCAGUUUAUGGGAAUAAACAUGGAUUAUCUGAACAAUAUUAGGCAAAACAAGCUGCAGCCGCAUUGUAGCACGUGCGAAUCAAUCUGCUACUCCUCAACCUUAGUUCAAAACACUUAUCUCUACUCUCUAUCUCUAUGUAAUAUUAAAGGGAAGAUUAUUUCUCCACUAA